UUAAGUGCAUUUUAGUCAAAAACUUCUUUUAAAGUAUUUUAAGAGAUUUGCCCUUUAUUGCAAUGCAUUGAUACUUACACCCUUGUGGAGGGGAUGCUCCUAAAAUUUUACUUUACAUAACUAAUUAAUGAAAGGAAAUUAAAGCUAGAUUUCUGCAUAUUUAUUUGAUCAAAAAAGAUUAUACGCAUUUAGCUGUAGUUAUGUCCAUAUAUAUUAACCUAAAUUUGUUUUACCAAUGUAAAAACAUUACUACAUCUAUAAAUACUACUUCCAAAUUAAUAAUAUGAUCAUCUCACAAACUCGUUAACCCAUCAAUGAAUUCCUCGAAAAAUAACCACUUCAUAUUAGGGCUAUUCACAUCUUUAUUUAUCUUCCUAAUUACAUCAUCAUCUUUUGGAAAUCAUUCCUCCACCGAUGGACUUUUUCCGUUUGCACCUAAACAUGUCGUAAUUAUUAACCAAGUGAACCCAGAAGAAACGUUGAUCGUGCAUUGCACAAACAAAAAGAUAGAUUUGGGAGUAAAAGAUCUCCCAUAUGGAGCUAGCUUUGACUUCAGGUUUCAUGUCAAUCUCCGUAAAACAACGACGUACACUUGCAGUUUCGAGUGGCCCAGAAACAAGCAAACAUUUGAUAUUUUCAGGGCAGACAGAGACGACAAUAUACACAGUGAACCUGGAGUUUGCAGAGAAUGUAUUUGGCACAUUUUUUAUUCAAACCCUUGUCGCGUUAACCGCGAUGGAGGCUAUCCUAUAUGCUUUGAUUGGGAUGCUUAUUCGCUUGAAAAUAUUUAAUGCAUCCCUUUCUCGUUUUUUUUUUUGAUUUAUAAAACAGUAGCAAGAAACUAAGCAGAUUAAGUGGCUAUUACUAAAGUUCAGUAAAAAAAGUGGCUAUUACUGUUUUUUUUUGCUGUAACAAAGUGGCUAUUACUGUUAUUAACAAUUUGCUACAACUAUGCAUGAAAUUUGGAAUA